AGGGAAGAGCGAGCGAGAUGGAGGGGGUGGUCGCAUUGUCUGUCGGGACGGUGGCGGUGUGAGAAUUUCUGCCGUCUGUCAGAAACGCUCGCUGGUCCCCAUUAAAGCUUAUUAUUAGGGUAUGAAGUACACCCCUACUGGAGAUAGAUUCGCAAGCGUUAGUGUUAGCGCAGCUCCUUUUUCUUUCUUCGUUUAGCUUCUGAAACGGUAAGACAAACCGACCCUAACUAGCUAGAGCAAGUGCUUGUUGCAUUCAGCCGGUGAGGAGGUGAGGAGUGGCGGAUCGGGCGAGGAGGCGCACGGCGCUUGAUCGCGGAUCGGGGUCGAGAGUGGCCGGCCGGUGCAGAGGCAAAGGCGGCCGAUGACUUCGGAGAGUAGCAGCCAAGCGCAACAGAAGGAGGAGGUCGAGUCGGGAUCAGUCGCCCCAGAUCAAGAGCAGAAAACCGGCGAGGACCACGACGGCAUGGUGACCACCAAGGGGGCCGGUCUGAAUCCCAAUGCUAAAGUGUGGCAGGAAGUGUCUGCACCAACCACCCAGGCUCCAGAGGCGGCCACAGAGACGUGCCAUUGGCCACAAGCAGAAGCUGUCUCUACUGAGGAGUCAGAGGGUAUCAAGGAGUAUGUUGUUGGCUACAGUGACUCUGAGUCAGCCCCUCCUAUGGAGAGCAGCAUGUUGAAUGGCAUGGAGUCAGCAGAACUGGCUUACCCACUCUAUGAACCAGUGGAGGGUGAGACCGUCGAGGAGCAGCCUCCACUGUCCGAAGAGAGUCUGAAGGAAUCAUUGAAGAAACAGCUAGAAUUUUGCUUCUCAAGGGAGAAUCUCUCCAAGGACCUUUACCUGAUAUCUCAGAUGGACAGUGAUCAGUUUGUCCCUAUUUGGACCAUUGCAAGCAUGGAGGGGGUCAAACUGCUGACUACUGAUAUGGACCUGAUACUUGAGGUGCUACGAGCCUCUCCGAUGGUGCAGGUGGAUGAGAAGGGUGAGAAGGUACGGCCAAACCACAAGAGAUGCAUUAUCAUCCUUAGAGAAGUCCCUGAGACCACGCCUGUCGAGGAGGUGGAGGCACUUUUUAAAAGCGAGAAGUGUCCGCAGGUCAUCAGCGUGGAGUUUGCGCACAAUAACAACUGGUACAUCACAUUCCAGUCUGACACGGAUGCUCAACAGGCUUACAGAUACUUGCGUGAGGAAGUCAAAACCUUUCAGGGCAAACCAAUUAUGGCUCGCAUCAAGGCCAUUAACACGUUCUUUGCUAAGAACGGUUAUGGGGCCGUUGACUCUGGGGUGUACUCCGCUCCAUCACAGUACUCGUCUCCAGUUUACCUUCAGCAGGUGUACCAGCCUCCACAGCAGUACCCUCUCUACAGCCUUCUGCCACAGACGUGGACCCCCUCACCCACCCCUUAUUUUGAAACGCCACUGGCUCCAUUUCCCAACAGCACAUUUGUUAAUGGCUUUGGCACAGCAGGAAACUACAAAACUGGCUCGUCUCCAAUCAGCCUUACACGCAACUACCCCCGCAACCGACUUCCUCUUUAUUCCAGAAAGAAUGUAAUCAAUGCCUUCAGGAAUCAUGUAAAGCCACAGCCUCGUGCUGAUGCGAGUCAGCUGACAGAGACUUCGUCUGGUGCCGGUAGUCCUCAGCCCCCAUGCACCCCUACUUCAGACACCACUGCCUCCACCUUCACCCCGCUCUCUGAACCGCCAGUUUCCCCCAGAGAGAACAACCACUUAGAACUCGGCGUUAGCAGCCGUGCCAGGAGAGGAAGCUAUCGUGGCAUGAGGAGGAGAAGAGAAGAUGAAAGGACGAGGCAGAAUCCUGAAUCAGAGGUGAAAGCUCCACCUCCAAAGUUUGACCUUGCGACCACUAACUUCCCGCCAUUGCCAGGAGGUGUGCCGAGUUGUCUGCCUUGUGUGACCAUGCAAACGGAGUCUGUGUUGGAGAAUCGCAUGGCAGAUGUAGUUAAGGGCAUCAGCAGAGACAAGCCUGAAACAAAUAAGCAAGAUGUCAGUCAAGAUCCCAGAACAUGUCAAGCGGAAUCCCAGUUGACCAGACCCUCUGCUCCAGCGCCAAAGCUUCCCACCACAAAACAGGACACACCUACCACUAGUACGUCACAUCAAGUGAAGAAACCAGAGAAAGAUGUUCAGACCUCUGACACGCCUCCAGAGCCUGCAUCAGUGACCACAAACCACGUCCAGCCCAUUUCCGCCCCCAAACCUUUGCGCAGCCAAUCAACUUCAAGCACUGCAUCUUCUGCAUCUGCAUCUACUCCACCUCUCCCAUCAAGCACAACUGUACAGGAGCCUCGGAAGCUGAGCUAUGCGGAGGUGUGUCAGAGGCCACCCAAAGACCCGCCCCCUGCACCAGUAGCCCCACCCAGCCCCAGUCCCACCCCUUCUCCCACCACAAACCAACCACUACGUGAACUUCGGGUCAACAAAGCAGAAGGCCCAGCUGCAUCCCGCUGCAGCCCCGGUGAGAAAAUGGAGAAAGGAAGUGAGAGUCGGACGUCCAGAGAGCAGACUGGCUACCAACGUGGUAACGGCCCCAGAGGGUCAGGUUUUAAGCUCAGAGAGCAACAGAGACGGCCUCCACAGGGUCGACGCUCCUCUCCACAGUCGGGGUACAACAGACGCAGUGGAAAAGAACAAAACAUCCCACCCAGAUCGCCAAAGUAAUGCCUCGUAUGCCCACGACACAUACGCACUUGCGUGUGUACUUAAAUACACAUCUUAUACAUAAAGCAAGAGUAUAUAAAUCUAUAUAUAUAUCUAUAUAUAUCUAUAUAAAUCUACAUAUGAAAACUGGACUGUCGCACUGUGGUGUUGAAGAAUCCUCUGCCUCCCAAAUGACUUGAUGACUGGGAAGUUGAUUCUUAAAAAUACAGAAGAAAACAAGGAAUUUAAGGAAGAUGAAAAACCUCUUACACUUGAAAGGAGAAAUGGAGGCCAUGCUUCCCGUGUUGUCUGAUUUACAGCGAUUAAUUAGCUCGUGAAUGAGUUUUGAUUUUAUUUGGAGUGUUUAAGGUCCUGGCACUAGUGUACAAUGUUGUAAUUUAAAAAAACAUAUUUUUAUAAUUAUCUAUAAAUGACAGUACUGUUGGUGAGAAAUCAAGCCAGCACAUGUUGUUUGUAUGCAACAGAUCACACAAAAAAGAAUGACAACGCCCCCACCGGUCCAUAAGUCACCUUUGUGUGUUUGUGCACUACUUCCUAUGUUUGCAUCAGUCCUAAAAGGGGCUGGGGAAAAAUUUGAUUCAGAUGUGAUGCUCUCCCAAAUAAUUCUAAUCGACAGAAUUAUUUGCGAUUCAUAGUUGUUUGUUCUUUAAUUUAUUGGAAACAUGCACAAGAUUAAACAUUACAUAUAUCGAUACAAGGUUCCCACUGUCCUGAAAAAUGGAAUUUCAAAAGUGGGAUUUCCAGGCUUUGGAAAAGUCAUAAAAUGACUAAUGUAAUUAAUAUCAGUUAUUUCUACAGCUAGAAAUGACUAAUAUGAGUCCAAUCUCUCUUUAAGAUGAUUUCUAAAAAAAAAUCCUUAUGUAGACAUUUAAAAUGUCUGGAAAAUCAAGGUGGGAACCCUGUCGAUAUGUGGCAUGCAGUGCACAAGAUCCGCCGUGCGGUUUCAAACAGAACUCUCAAGCAGGUAUUAAGGGUUUGGCCCGAUUCAGAAAGCUCAAAGCACUUGGUGACUGAAUUUAAAAUUGAAUCAUGAGGUGCUUAUUGAUUCCCACCCCUGGUCUAAAACUGGAAGACAAGUGUUUGUGUGUAUGUUGUUCAGACCAAGAAAGAAGAAAAUAUGUAGGACACGGCAGUGAGACUGAACAAGAAUGACGAAUGGAUGGAAUAGUACUAGACAUCCAUAGAAAAAAAGAUCCAGACAAAUAUAAUUGCGGUGUAUAUUUAAGGUGAUUUUUGAGUUGGUGUGUCGUGCUGUAUAAUGUCGUACGGUGUCAUCUGUGAUGUACGGUGUUUUUGAAUGCUGGGUCUGUCAGUAACGGGAAGAUCAAGCUGCUUUGAUGCUGAAAGGAUGAAUGGAAAUCAUUUGUGUAAAUGAGCAAAGCCACUGUUUGUCUUCCUUUUCCUUUUGGAGUGAAAUUAUUAGUAUUUUAGCAAACUAUCAGCCUUUGACUGAAUUUCUGUCUUUUGUUUGUCUGCUGUAGAUGCUGGUGACAAUAAUCAGGUUGGAUUUUAUAUGCUCUGAGUUAGUGUGCUGCUUCAGAAUUGCUGUUCAUGUCCUAGUCUGUGAUAUUGAGUCAGUCUGUGUGUUUUCUUUCUGUUCGUUUGUUUAAUGAUGAUGAUAAUCUGUAUGUGACGUUUGUGUUUAUGCCUGUACAUUUCAGGUGCGAUUACAUAAAAUAUACCUGCUACAGUGCUCAAUUUACCUGCGUCAACCAGUCUCAUGUCGACUUUGGUAAAAGAGGGAACUCAGGACCUCAGAGGAAAUUGGUGAUGUGUAUGACUGCUAAUUUUUGUCCAAUACUUAUUGCAGGAUUUUUUUAUUAUUAUUAUUAUUAUUAUUAUUGUAGCCUUUUGAAUUCAGUAAUCACAUUGAACUUUUUAGGGGUCUUAAGUUUCAGUUAAUAAUGUAUAUUUGAAUGUUAAAAAAAUUGUUUUAUCAAUGACACUGUAAUGCAUGAUUCUCUCCUCAAUUCGUUUUCCCUCCCUUUGUCUCGUUCACACGUGUGGAUGGGUUGUGCACAGAUCCAGACCAAAGUCAAAUCAGCAGAGAGACAAUCUCAGGAAGUGCUGUUUAAAUGCAGUAGCUCCUCCCUCACUCCUCUCUUAUUCUGCCACUGUUUGAGUGCGUGCUUAUAAUCAUGAUUGUUGAUUAGUGAGUUGAACUAUGUAUGUUUUAGUUUUAUGAAAAUUGUGUGCGUGUGGAACCUUUAUAAAGGAGUUCUAAUGAAUAAUAUUGCAAAAUCCCCUACUUUUUAUUUGAUAAUUUUAGAAGAAACAUUGGAGGGAAAUUUCAUGCAUCAGUUUAGUUUUAAUUUAUUUUGUUUUAAAUUUGUCUGUUUCUCUGUUCAACUUUCACUAGAGUGGCUUUCUUGCCCAAACAUAUGUGUUAUUAGUUUUAGAUUUUUAUUUUCCAUGUUUGGCAAUAUUAUCUUAUGUAGAGACUGUGCCACUAAAAUGAGUAAAAUCAGUGGACCUGGUUUUAUUUUUUUUAUUCUUUUAACUGAAUUAAUGGAUUUGAUUCAUAACUGGUUGGUGAAAUGAAAUGGAUUUUGUUUCUAAUCUUAUAUCCUGUGUAGGCUGUAAGCUUUUUAGACACCAUGAAAUGGCGCGGUUACAAGUAGCAAGUCUUUAGCCUGAAAAAACAAAAGAGGAAAAAAAAGUAUUCAUUCUUUCUUUUUAAUUUUAUAGGGGGGAUAGGCUCUGUCCCAGGAGAGAGGCAUAGCAACUGUUGAGUGAAGUGUUUUGGAUGAUAUUGUAGAUGUUCAAUGAAUAUGCUUAAGGAAAUGGAAGAAAAAAAUAAAUGAAAAAAUGAUUUUAA